AUGAUAUGGCCGUGUCGGGUGUUGAGAAUCGCUAGUGAGGCUGCAUCGUCCAUCCAGUUGCCAUUUCGUUUCGCAUACGAUUGUUUUCGAUUGUUCGGACAUUCGCAUUAUUUGGUGAAUGUGACAUUGGUACCGCGUUUGUGCACAUCAACAUUCAUAGUGACGUUACCGUUGGAAACGCAAUUGCACUCGUCAAUAGCGAGAUUUUAUAGUGGUGAAGCGGUGAAUUUGAACGAUUGGUCUCCACUGGUCAUCGUUGAUAUCACACCUCAAGAUGGUGUUUGGUUACGUUACAAACGUCCGACAGAUCGACGUAUCAAGCAGAUGACAUUUACCAUCUAUGAGAAGUUAUCGGAUACGUCGAAGUUUAUAUUCACCGAGAUUGUUGAUGCACCGAAUAGUGGUUUUAAAUGGACGAAUGUUCCGAGAGGAAAUUAUUCGGUAUUUGUAUAC